ACGUAGAGUAGACAAUCUCACUACUCUCUCUGUCUCUCAUAUUAUAUUACUCUCUCCACCUGUUCCAUUACUCCUUUACUACGUACCUACGUACAACAUGUUUAAUUUUCUCUCACUAGCUUUUUCAUUCUCUCUCCUACUCUGCAAAACCUUGUUUUGAUUCGCAUUUUCCGGUAUUAAAGUGUGUGUCAUUAUUUUCUCAACAUAGCAAAAGCAUUAUUUGAUUUCGUGCACCAUACAUACUCUCUUAUCUCCUCUCUCUUAUUUCAACUUACUUACCAUAUUUUAUUUUUCCUUCUAACUUCUUUCAUUUUCACAUUUCUCUACCUCUCAUCUGCAUACACCCAUAUAGAGAUACAUAAAUGAAGAAGUUUGUGCUCAAAUUAGAUUUGGAAGAUGAUAAGGCAAAGCAGAAGGCCUUGAAGACAGUCUCAACACUUUCAGGGAUUGAUGCCAUCACCAUGGACAUGAAGGAGAAGAAAUUAACCGUGGUAGGAACCGUGGAUCCGGUAAAAAUUGUGAGCAAACUUCGAAAAUAUUGGCAAGCAGAUAUAAUCUCAGUAGGACCAGCAAAGGAGCCAGAGAAGAAAGAAGAGCCAAAGAAAGAAGAACCAAAGAAAGAAGAAGAAAAGAAAGAAGAAGCAAAGAAGGAAGAAGAGAAGAAAGAAGGGGAAAAGAAGGAAGAACCAAAGAAAGAAGAAGAGAAAAAGGAAGAGAAGAAAGAAGAAGGGGAAAAGAAAGAAGAGGAGAAAAAGAAAGAGCCAGCACCUGAUCCUGUUUUAGAGAUGGUGAAGGCUUAUAGGGCAUAUAAUCCCCACAUGACCACAUAUUACUAUGUUCAAAGUAUGGAAGAGAAUCCAAAUGCUUGUGUAAUUUGUUAAAUGGAAAAUAUGAGAGAAAGUACAUGUGUAAAUCUUUCUCAACUUGUAAUGGAAUUAAUUCUCUUUGAUGAGUUAUAUAUAGGAGAUCAUCACCAAGAAGAGAAAACUCUCUUAGCUUGUAUAUAAUUUGGUGAUGCACCUCCUUAAGUUGUUUUGAGACAUUAAGUAAUGUGUAGAGAAAGGAAUAAAAUUUUGAUCUAUUUGAAUUU